UUAGUCGUGUGAACUCUUCACCAGAGACAUUUCUUGCCAUGGAGUAUAAUGGAUCUGAAAUAAUAUCAAGAUCGCAUGCAUCAGACAAUGAUUUACCUGGUCCAGUGUUUCGUACGGUUUCCAACUGCAAUGAAUUUGAUAAAACUGUAAGACCUGAACCAGAUCGGGUGACUUUGAAUAGUAUUGAAAGUUUCACAUCCAAUACUCUGUUCUGUGAUCCUUCAGCAAGGUUGUAUACAGAUACUUCAAGUCUUUCCAGUAUCAGUACAGGAACAGAAUUUUCUGCAUCUGCUGUUUCCUUAGGGGAUGAUUAUAAUGCAGAAUCCAGAGAAGCUGUAUGUGAUGUAGAUGAUGGAACCUUCAUGGAAGUGAGUUUACAUGGAAGAAAUUCAUAUGAAAAGGCAAGAAACAGAUCACUGGACAGUGGGUUUGAAGAUCAUGGUGCAAAACCCAAGAGAAAAGGUUUUUCCGGAUUCCUGACGAGAGGCCUGUUUUCAAAGAAAUCCAGGGAAGACAGUGCACCUGGGUGGAAGCUGUUUGGUCGAAUACCACCAAAAGACAGUGGCACCAAGGAUUCUACACAGAUAACAUCUGACUACUAUGCCAAACAGCGUGCUAAUCAGAUUGCAGCAGCACAGUCCAAAGGUCAAAGUUCAGAUAUCAUGUCCACAACAGCACUGAUUUUGGAAAACAGACCAGUAGGUUUGCCAUCAAAAUCUCCUGAGGAAACAGAAAAGCACAAGCAAGAAUAUGAAGCUAUGGUUGAGGCAGCCAAAAAGAAAGAACAACGUGACAUCAAGAUGAAAAAAAAACUGCAACAACAGCGACGGCAUGAAGACAGAAUGGUGCAAGCAGCAAACAGCUGGAACAAACUAAUUCUUCCCAACUGGGAAACAAUGAAAAACACAAAGAAAGUCCGGGACCUGUGGUGGUUGGGAUUGCCCCCAAAUGUUCGUGGCAAGGUCUGGAAAAUUGCUAUUGGCAAUGAACUGAACAUUACACAUGACUUGUAUGAAAUCUGUCGAAGUCGGGCAGAAGAUCGCAUAAGAUUGAUUCAAGAAUCGAAGGAGGCACCUGGCUCUCCAGAAACUGUGUCUGAGCCUCCAUCUAAUAAAGAAGCUAGUGUGAAGGUAAUCAAACUGGAUGUUUCUAGAACGUUUCCUCAGCUUUGCAUUUUCCAAAAGGGUGGUCCAUAUCAUGACAUGAUGCACAGUCUACUUGGGGCAUAUGCAUGCUACCGUCCAGAUGUUGGCUAUGUUCAAGGCAUGUCAUUCAUUGCUGCCAUUUUGCUGCUAAACAUGGAGGUUGCUGAUGCCUUUGUUUGCUUUGCAAACCUACUCAACCGUCCCUGUCAGGUGUCAUUCUUCCGCAUGGAUGAGGAAAUGUUGACGGCAUACUACAAAACAUUUGAAGAAUUCUUUUUGGAAAAUCUCCCUCAGCUGUAUGCCCACUUUUCCAUGCAUCACGUCACUCCAAAUCUCUAUUUGAUGGAAUGGGUUUUCCUUCUCUUCAGUAAGUCUUUACCACUAGACGUUGCAUGUCGAGUGUGGGAUGUCUACUGUCGAGAUGGCGAAGAGUUUUUGUUCCAGACUGCAAUAGGCAUCCUGAAGUUCUAUGAAGCAAUCCUGCUGCAGAUGGAUUUCAUUCAUGCUGCACAGUUUCUAACCAAACUUCCAGAGGACAUCAGCGCUGACCUAUUAUUCAAACACAUAGAAACAGUGCAAAUGAGCAUAGAUAAAAAAAAGUUCCUUGCCAUCUUGGCCCACUACAAAGACUUGUGCACUGAUGGCAUUUCCUAGCACGUGGAUUGUUUAUGAGCUGCUUGUGAGAUUCUGUUGUCCUCCUGAAGAAGUUGGCAUGACAGACUGUUGAAUAGUACCUUGGACCAUGCAGCUUACCUGGUUCUGUCUCAGUUUAAUGUGUCUUAUUGAGACAGCUGUGCAGUUUGGGACAAGUGUGUGUGUGUCUUCUGCCAGGAUAUGGGAGGGUAGGGGGAAUGAUUUGGGUUUUGAAAAUGUUGAGCAGUAUAUUUUGUAGUCAUUGUGCUUCAAGUACCAUAUUGCACAUCUUUAAUUAGAAAAGGAACAAAGUUUUUUUUUUUAUGGUUCAGAGGAGCAGGAGGAGGGUGGUAUGGAGUAGUAUUUUCCACCCACUUAAUAGUGCAAAGCCUUUCUCCAUAACAAAUGUAUUUUUACAUAUCUAAGGGAAGUAAGUUGUCAAAAAAUGUUCAAACUGAACUCUAAGCUUGAAGACUAGUGUUAAUGAGGAGCGAGUCUCAUGUUUACAUAUCACCAAAACAUCUGCAGUAACAUUUGUCUACCAUUAUGAAAAGCUUCAUUAAAUCAAAAACGGUUUCAACUUGUUAAACAGACCAAAAAAUAUGGCAUUGAUUAUCAGCAAUUGGACUAUAAGUUGUCAGAAAUGUUACACUAUAUAGAUUUCAGCUGAAGGUGGUAGAUUAAUGCUGAUUUUCUAGCAACAAGAAAUAUUUAUUUUCUUUGGCUGGCAUACAAUACCACAAAAAAUGUUCCAUGGUAAUUGGUUGGGUUGAGAAUUUUAUUUAUUUGUUAAUAUAGGGAGACAUUUCGGGGGUUAAUGGGCAUUACUAUUAUUAAGACAUGUUCCUGUAAAGCAGACAUUUUCAAUAAUAGAUUUAGAGUACGUGAAUUAUUUUUUAAUUUGAUGUGCAAAGAUUGAGAAGAGAACCCAGAUCUCAUGUGCACAACUGAAUUGUUAUAAUUCGGAUGCCAUGUCAAUGCAAAUAAUUAUAUGUUAAAUUUGUGUACUUGGGUUGUUAUUAAACCCAAAGACAGAAUACAUGUGAUGUGUGUUGUUGGCUUUCUUCCUAGUUAAUAAAAAAUCAGGAUGGCAUCAAGGGAGUUCCUUUGGAGUUUUUUUCUUUACUUAUUCCAUCCACUCCUUGGUUUUCAAGUUUGUCCUUGUUUUCUAGAUUCUGUCAUUUUUGAUUGGUGCUUUUUAUAAUGGCAUCAUUCUGACUAUUUAGACUUUUUUUUUUUUUU